AUACCUUGUAUCUUUGUUCUCUUUUUCAUAGAGAAAAUAGAGCACUUUUAGCAACAUUCGUGCUUGUAUUCUAAGGAGAUAAACUUGCCUUUUUGACUCAGCUGGAGUCGGCCCAGUUAUAUAAAGCUCUGUUGUGCCUGGCAGAUGAUUGGUGGAGACAUGUCCUUUAUUUACAAGUGCAGAAAACCUGUUUUUCAAGUCCCUGUUGAUCUAUAACCCUGGUUCCUCAUGAAGAGUUUCCAGAUUACUCAGUGGACUCCCUGCAGUGAGGAGCUCUUCUUUUUCCUACCUGUGCAGUCUCUACUACAAACAACUGCAGCUAUUAAAGCAGUCCCCCAAGAGGAAACGGCCAUGGCGUUGCGCCCACGCGCUUCCUCUCAGCCCGGAAAACUCUCCUUUUUCCACAGUCCCAAGGCAGCUUCAGCCCUUCGGCCACGGGCCGUGUCCUCACGCUCGGGCUCCAUGCUGGAAGAGGAGCUAUCCUGCCCUGUCUGCUGUGAGAUUUUCAGGGAGCCCGUGGUACUCAAGUGCAGCCACAGCUUCUGCCGAGACUGUCUGCAGCAGUUCUGGAACAAGAAGAAAGCCAGACGUGAGUGUCCCGUCUGCAGGAGGAAGUGCUCCCUGACGGAGCCCACGGUCAGCCUGGCACUGAAGAACGUGGCCGACACCUUCCAGGAGCAGGGCCGCAGGACUUUUGGAACAGGAGAAGGGGCCGCUGGGACAGGGGAGCAGGAAGUGGAGGUGAGGUGCAUCACACACGGAGAAGUUCUCAAGCUCUUCUGUCUGGAUGACUCUGAAGCACUCUGCUGUGUGUGUCACACCUCCAAAAAGCACCAGGGACACCGAGUGUGUCCCCUGGAAGAAGGAGCACAGGACCUCAAGGCAGAGCUUAGCAAGGAUCUGAUUCCUCUGAAGAAAAACCUGCGCUGCCUGUAUGAAGCCAAGCAGGAGUGUGAUGACACAACUGUGCACAUCAAGAACCAGACUCAGGCCACAGAAAAGCAGAUCAAAGAGGAGUUUGAGCAACUGCGGGAGUUCCUGCUGAAGGAGGAGACGGCUCGGAUGGCCGCCCUGCUGAAGGAGGAUGAGGAGAAGAAGGAGCUGGUCAGAAAGAAGUCCGAGAACAUCACCAGAAGCAUCCUCACCUUUUCUCAUGCUGUCAUUGCCAUUGAGAACGAGAUUGCUUCCAGUGAUGCACUCUUCCUUGAGAAUUACGCCAACACAAAGAAAAGGGCACAGAUCCCACCAAAUAACCCAGAAAAAGUGUGGAAGGACGCUCUUAUAAAUGUAGCCGAGCAUGUCGGUUCCCUCAAGUACCAUGUGUGGGAGAAGAUGGCGGGGCUGGUUCAGUACACACCCAUCAUCCUGGACCCCAACACUGCCUACCCCUGCUUGUCCCUUUCCUCGGACCUUGCCUGCGUCACUAACAGCGGGUCCCUCCAGAAGCUCCCAGACAAUCCUGAACGUUUUGGCCAUUUUGUUUUCCUGUUGGGAUCAGAGGGCUUCACUUCGGGCCGCCACGCCUGGGAAGUGGAGGUGGGGGACAAGGCGGACUGGAUGCUUGGGGUGGUGAAGGAGUCCAUUGACAGGAAAGGUCACAUUUCAGGCUGUCCCGAGGGCGGCUUUUGGAUGAUCGCGCACUACGAGGGCGAGUACUCGGCCAUGACGAGGCCCAGCACUCCGCUGGAUCUGCAGGGGGAGCUGACACGGGUCAGGGUGCAGCUGGACUUCGACUCCGGACAGGUUACCUUCUCCAACCCUGUGAGCAUGAUGCCCAUCUACACCUUCAAUGAUUUCUUUACUGAGAAAAUAUACCCCUUUUUCUGCCCCGGAGCCAACAUCAAUGGGAAUAACCCCAACCCGCUGAAGAUCUGCCCCGCUAAGGUGGCUGUGUGGAACAGUGCCACAUGGUGAUUUUGAAAAAACACAUAUCAAAUCAUUUGGGUGCAUGCUUAUGUGUAAAAUGAGCAUGAUACAAGCAAGAGAAUUCGAACAACAAUUGGUUUAUUUCACUUGGAGUAAUUGACUGCAGUUUAUGAAUUGGUCUGACGCUACCAAGGAACGGGUUUUCCUUUGUAGUCCAGGAAGGCUCCGCUCUGCUUCUCAGUCAUGGAGGCCAUCACAUCGAGCAUUCCCAGCACACUCUCCUGAGCAUCAAUAUCCGCCUGGUGGUGAGAAACCCACUGUUCAUAUGAAGGCUUGCACAGCAGGUAAAAAACAAGACUACAAAUCUGCCAUUUUUAGUCUUGACGCUGGACACCUUCAUAUUUGAUCCAAAUGUGAAUUGUUUCAAUAGGACCUCGGUGUGAACAGCUCAUCAGAUAUGUCAUUCUGUGUUGCGGAUUCAUUUUAAGGAAAGUAAAAUGUUGCAUAAAUACAUGUCUAUAUUACAAAGAUAAAUAUUUGAAUGCAGUUAUGCAUCGUAUGAAACACGGUAGCUGCGUGACAGCACCUUCAGACUUCAGCAAGUUCAAUUAAAAUCACCUUCAUGUGUAUUCUUCUGCAUUAGUGUCCCUCUAAUUAUUUCAUAAACCAGAAUAUACUUGAAGUUUGAAAUAUACAUGUUUCCUAUGUCCAGGCUGGAUUUGAUUAGAAUUUCAAAAAGGGAACUUUAAUAUUACGUUUCAUCAAUGUGAUUAUUUCAGAUAUAUUUAUGAUUGCUAGCAAUGAGCAAGAUAUCUUAAUUAAGGUAUUUGUCUGUCUUAACCCUUUGUGUGACUCUUCUAUUUGAAUAUCUGGAUAAGCUUAGGUUGGAUUGCUUUUUCACAAUGGUAUCAGAUAUCAGUUACUGUAGUAUUAAACACUUUACAAUCAGUUUGAAAAUACAGCAUUGUGAAGGUAACUUGCUUUUUUCUUUUUUUUUUUUUAUGUCUCACCAUGAGAGGGCUACAUUUUCUUAGUUUGUCAGAUUUCUUGAUUCAACCAAAAUACUGUAAUAGGAACCGCACAAUUAUUUACAUUACCACUAAAAGAACGUAUGUGAAAUGUAAAAUCAAACAACCUGUUAAUCUCAUCCUUCUCUAUUAAUAAAGUAAACUAUCAAUCAGA